AUGAUAUCUAACCCUGAGAUCCCAGGGGGUUCAAUAGAAAGGGAUCUAGAUAGGACUAUGUCGGAAGUUGCUCGAAUACAUGCAACAGUUCCUGCUCAAUAUUACUUCAAUGAAGGAAAGCAAGAUGGAAUCCUACUAUGUCGUGCUGUUAUUACAUUUUUGAAACUAUCAUCUAAGACAUAUAUUGAGUCAUUCUUUCAAAAUGAUAAGGCAAUUCCAAUUCAUCCUCUAUUUUCCAAAAUUAAAAAUCAUAUUCAACAGAUAUCUCGUUUUUAUCAAAAUAAAAUCGAUGAACUCCUAAAUUUAUUCCUAACAAAGCUUAUCCCAUCAAAUCCUUUGCCACUUCGAAACGUAGUUUUAUCUCAAAUGUCGUUAUUUACCACAAAAGUAUUUCUUCAUCCAAAAUUGAUGCAGCCAGAUCCAAUACAAGCGUAUGUAGAUGGUUAUUUUAAUUUAGUUAUAGAUUUAAUCGAUAAUAUUAUUAGAAUUCCCUUGAUACCUAAACAAUUUAAGGAAGGUCAGUCACUACAGUCAGCAACACUACCGCCAUCACUCAGAUUCAAAGGAUUAAAUGAAGCAGACGAACAAAGUAUAAAACAAUUUAUUUUAGAAGAAGCUCCGAAAAGAGGGCGACGAAUUCAAUACCACGCAUUCCUAUCCGUACUAAAUCAUUCAAAAGAACCCUCAGAUUAUCAACAAUCAUUAAGAUUUGCACUUUCUUCGAUAGAUUUGUCAUUUUCAACAGCUAUUUGUGUUUUGUCUACUAGUCCUGAUGAUUUUGAAAUCAUUUCUUCCCUUUUAAACAUUUUAACAAACGACCAUCGAAUUGAUUUCUUUAUCAGAGCGCUUUCUGUAUCGUGUCUUUCAGAUAUACAGAAAGAUAACACUUCAAAUUGUAUGGAACUUAUUGCAUUAUCAAAUAUUUUUAUUUCUCAAUCAUAUAAUUGGACAUCAACGAUAAAACCAGAUGGUGGAAUAUCGUCUAUUGUGAAAACUGUAUGCAAUAUGAUUAUAGAAAAUAAAAUAUCAGACAUUGCUGUUUACAUUCUUAAAAUUGCACUAGUAAUUGCAGCAUACAGUGACAAAACAGGUUCAGACGUUAUUUGCAUGCUUCUAGAGAUUACAAUAAGACCGUUUGCAAUUGCAUUUUCUAUGCAAAAACAACUUGAUGAAUUGAAAUCUAAAGUUGUCAGCAAAGAUCCAAGCUUUCUUUCUAUAAGAGCUACUAUUGAGAAGUAUAUUGUUGAUUUCUUAUCAGAUGAUAUCAGUAUUCGAUUAAUGCCUCACAAUAUUUACUUUGGUAUUAGAGAUAUCCACGAUUUUAUUGAAGAGAAACUCGAUGACUUCAUAAAAAUCGUCAUUUAUUUGAAUUCCAAGGAAAAGGAAGAACAUCCAACCAUGAAAAUGUUUAAAUUCUCAUAUGAUAUGUGUGUUAAGUAUAAUAUGAUAUGA